AUGGCCAUCAAUUCGUGGGUCAAGUGUUGGGAACCAAACCAAAUCCCAGUCCAACCGCAAGUGUCGACCCAAUCGCAGACGAGACCAGCCAUUAGUGGCCACCCAUCGGAUCCAGUGAUCAGUUCGCGCCACUCAAUGGCCUCGUCGUCGUCUCAGCCGCAGUCCUCUUCGGGUCAGUCGUCGUCUUCGCACCAAUACGUGGGCCACUCGUCGGCGCCCAACGCCGGCACCAAUGCUGGACACCAUUCGCAGCACAGUUCCGAAGGACACCAUUCGGGCCACUCGUCCCGCGAGUCUGUCUCGUCGUCCCGCGGCUCACGUCACUCGUCCUCAUCGCUCGGCACUGGUAUUAUCCGCUCUCAGACCGCGUGGUUCCAGAAGAAAGUCCACUUACGGCCAGUGCUUCGCGGCUGUCAUCUCGUCACCGACGAGCUCACCAAACAGAUCCCGGAGCUCAACGAAUUCCAGUGCGGUAUCUGUCAUAUCCAUAUAAUGCACACUUCGGCGAGUCUGGCCAUCAAUGAGAACUGGGAUCCAGACGUUCGCGAAGAUAUGGAAAUGUUUCUCUCGAGACUGAUUCCUGAAACCACACCAUUCCGUCACUCCUGUGAAGGACCCGAUGAUAUGCCGGCGCACAUCAAAGCAUGUUUUUUGGGCUCGUCGUUGACAAUCCCAGUGAGCGAGGGUAAGCUAAACCUGGGCACCUGGCAGGGAGUGUGGCUCUGCGAGCACCGCAAUCGGGCCGGCAGUCGCAAAGUGACGGUCACUAUAACGGGCGCACUAAAGCCCGGCGCGUGAUUACUGUCCAAAA